AGGAGGUCCCAGGGUUGUUUUGGAUGAAAUCACACCACGUGGAGGCACAAGGUAACUUCUCUGCUGUCUCCCUGGAGCUUCAUAGCGUUUUUCACACUCUACCUGUCUGUAAAGACGGUGAAGCAGCACAAACCUGACCGGUACAGUGAGACAUGUCAGCGGGAAGCCACACCACCAGGAGCCGGGACAUCCCCGCCGUCAGACGGGUCACCAUCCACGAUGCUGCCCACAUGCCCCAGGACUACUCCAGCACUCCCGGAGGAACUCUGUUCAGCACGACGCCAGGAGGCACCAGAAUAAUCUACGACAGGAAGUUCCUGCUGCAGUGUCGGACGUCUCCUCUCGCUCGUACGCCUCCCAACCUGCCCGACAUCCCCGGAGUCACCAGGCCGCUCAAAGCCUCCACCAACGACACCAACCAGCCUGAACAGACCGCCAGCAACAACACCAACCACGACCUGCAUGCAGAGGAGAGCACAGACGACCAGUUUGAAAUGGACAUCUGAAGAGACUCCGCUGCAAGGAUCAAAGUGAUUCCCAACAUUUUCAUUACGUUUUUGUGUCCUGACAUGAAAAACAAAUUCUUCUAUGAGAUGAGAAGUCUUACUGAGCUGUGUAAUCAACCUUCAGACUUGUUCUGGAAAGAGGAUGGCAUUUUUUUUUUGUAAUAUGUGUUAAAAUGUUGUACUCUUAUCAAACGACGCUAACUGAUGCAUACAGUUGUUUCUUUACCUUGACCUGCACUUGACUUUGUUUGACCUAUGACAUGUUUGACAAGUGUUGAAAUUAAACAUUAAUAUUUUA